GGCCAGAGUAUGAGGGCUAGUGGGAUUUAUGGGCCGACUUAAACAAGUUCAAAUUACUCUCCAAAUGUGAUUAGACUGAAAACAGAAUCUGUAAAAUCCUCCCAAAGAGUAAAAUGACAAAUGUUCUGUCGUCCUUAGUGUAAAUUACAUGUCCCCAGCAGACAUCAUACUGACCCACAGAGUAAAAACAAAACAAUAAUUCUGAGUCUAUAAAAUGAAGAGCAGUUCAUAUUAGCAAAAAUAGUUCAACCGCUUUAGUAUUUUCUCACCUAAUUGGCAACUCUCCAAAGGGAAUCGUAUAAUUAGAAACUCGGAAGAGGUGUUUCUUAAUAUGAUAUAGGGAGUCUUUAACAAUGUAAGACAUCAUAUGUGUUUCAGUGUUUCAGGUCAUUGAUUUGUUGGUCAAAUGGAUAGUUAAUUUCCCCAUAGAUUUGUUAUUUUGCACUUAUUGUUGACCACUUUGAAAUGAUUGAUUUGCUUGUAGAGAGAUUAUUUUUUCCCUAAAAGUUGAGAUUUUGCUCGUGGUUGCAUUUUCCGAUGGUUGUUGCCUUCAACUUGAAUUUUUUAUCCAUAGAAUGUGCAUCUAGGGCUAUAAACUCUCAUUGCAUAGAAUGUGCAUGUUGGUCUGGAGACUAUAAUGUGAUAGAGAAUACUUCUGAGUUUCUCUGCUAUUAGAAAAUUUGGUAAUGUAAAUCUUCAUAGCUAGAGUUUUGGAGCGGCAAAAGCCAUGUUGGGUUUGCACGGGGAUAAGCGGGGAACAAUCAGGAGCGUCGUGCUUUGUCUCGCUUUGUUUGUUCUAAUUUGCUACACCAAUUUAUGGAAUCUACGGAGAGCAUGCUCUCAAGAUAUUAUACAUUUUGUAGGAAGAAGUCUUCUUUCCUGGGAAGAAGUCUUGGAACUGAAGAUGGACAGACAGUACUCAAAAACUAUGAACUUAAUUCAACAUUCAUCGGGGGAGCCUUUGCCUGCUGCCAAUCCACUUAUUGUGAAAGACGAAUACACAUUUGAAGCUAAUACUGCUCCUUUUAAUAGUUGCCAUGCAUCUACUAUUGUUGAGAUUGAGCCCGACCAUCUAUUAAUUGCUUAUUUUGGAGGGAGUUACGAGGGUGCACCUGAUGUGAAGAUAUGGCUGCAAAGGUACAAGGAUGGUAUAUGGCAUGCUCCAGAGGUGGGAGAUGAAGAACUUGAUGUUCCGAUGUGGAAUCCAGUUCUUUUUAAACUUCCUAGUGGUGAAUUGCUUCUAUUCUACAAGAUUGGUCAAGAGGUACAGAAGUGGAGUGGGUGUAUGAAAAGAUCAGCUGACAAGGGUAUGUCUUGGUCAGAAAGAGAACAGCUCCCACCUGGAAUUUUAGGUCCUUCUAAGAAUAAGCCUCUACUCUUGGAUGAUGGGAGCUUAUUGUGUGGCUCCUCAGUUGAAAGUUGGAAUGCUUGGGGUGCUUGGAUGGAGAUUACACAUGAUUCGGGUUACUCAUGGAGAAAAUAUGGGCCUAUAUACAUUCCUGGAUUCCCAAUGAGUGUAAUUCAACCAGUACCCUAUCUGACUGCAAAUAAGACCAUACGUAUGUUGCUGCGUUCGCCAGAGCAGAUAGGCAAGAUUUGCAUGUCAGAAUCAUCAGAUGGAGGUUUAAGCUGGAGUUAUGCUAAACCAACCGUGCUUAUAAAUCCAAAUUCUGGUAUAGAUGGUGUAAAACUGCAUGAUGGAAGAUUGGUACUUCUCUACAAUACAAUAUCACGGGGAGAGCUCAAAGUUGCUGUAUCAGAUGAUGAUGGAGAUUCAUGGAAGGAUGUUCUUACACUGGAGGAUCAAGAAGGAAUGGAGUUCUCAUAUCCAGCUGUGGUUCAAACAAUGGAUGAUCUUGUUCAUGCAACUUAUACCUAUAACCGAACACAAAUCAAGCAUAUAGUACUUCAAACAACUGCACUGUGAUGAUCCAAAAAGUUUCUUGGCUCAUCUUAAGUGAUCCCAUGCAAUAAGCAGUGUUCUUGUGGAAAGCACUUCAGUUCAAUUUUCCCAUUAAUGAUGGGCAGAAUUUUCUGAACUCAUAUGUAAUUGUAGAAGAUUGUAAAUAUUUGUCCUAAAAGACCCGCUUAUUGGAAUUGAAUCAUAUCAAGACAAAGUGAUAUGGAAGUUGAGUAAACCGUACUGGGCUUCUUAAAGAUCAGGGAGAAACAAAUUGUACAAGUGUGCUUUCUUGUGGUGGAGUAAUCAUUUGUAAUCAACUCUGAAUGUGAUCAGAUGUAGGAAAAACAUUUCAAACAUAAAUUACUUAUGGGUCAUCAAAUGAAAUUUUCACGAUAUUUUGACAAUAA